AUGCCCAUACCGGUAUCCGACGGCGAGGAGGAUCUGCUGCUCAGGGAUAGUGGAGCUUUUGCCCACUCGUUGAUUCUGCGCUCGCUCACACCUUCGGAUGUGCCUGCCAUCAAAGCGUUAUGCGCGGCAUCCUUCCCUAUACAGUAUCCGGAAUGUUGGUUCGACGAAGUCGUUUCGGGAGCUUUGAUUAGUGUUGGAUUGUUCGAUGAAGAUCGCUUAGCUGCGAUGAUGGUCGCGGAGACAAAAACGAUCUUACACUGUAAUCCUGAAGAUCGUGAUAUAAUUUCUGAUAGUGGAGCGCAUGUUGUCUACAUGCUUAGCUUAGCUGUUGCCCAUGCUUAUCGAAGGCUGGGAUUAGCGUCACGCCUUCUUCGACAUCUACUGGAUUCGGUUGUCGAUAAUCCACCCUUCCCAAAAGCUGUCUUUUUGCACGUACUUUCAACAAACACUGCUGCCAUCCAAUUUUAUAAGUCAAAUGGUUUUGUGCACCAUACCACUUUAUUAAAUUACUAUCGCCUCAAGUCAGAAUAUGGAGACGGCUGCACUUAUGUUCUAUACACGAAUGGUUCGCGCCCACCAUUUUCCUUGAACGACAUUUGUCGAUAUGUCGCGACCGCUCUGUGUUUUCCAGUCAAAGCUCUCUGUCGCACACUUUUCUAUUGAGUCAGUACACGUUCCCAUAGGCUAGUGCAAGCAACCUCCAAAUUUUGUCACUCGAUUUGAGUUCUAGUCAUUAUUGGGUCCAGUGCAUGAAUCCGUUCCAUAGCAGCUAAUGUUUUGAACGCGGCGAGAUUUUGAUUGUCAU